AUGUCUGGAGCUACCACUCAAAGAAAGAGAACCUUCAACACCUUUUCUUACAAGGGUGUUGGUUUGGAAAAGUUGUUGGAGAUGCCAACCGAAGAAUUCGUUAAGUUGGCUCCAGCUAGAGUUAGAAGGAGAUUUGCUCACGGUAUGUCCUCCAAGCCAGCUGGUUUGAUGAAGAAGCUAAGAGCUGCUAAGUUAGCUGCUGCUCCAAGAGAAAAGCCGGCUGUUGUCAGAACCCAUUUGAGAAACAUGAUCAUCGUCCCAGAAAUGAUUGGUUCCGUCGUUGGUGUAUACAACGGAAAGGUUUUCAACCAAGUUGAAAUUAAACCAGAGAUGGUCGGCCACUACUUGGGUGAGUUCUCUAUCACCUAUACCCCAGUUAGACACGGUAGAGCUGGUGCCACUGCUUCUCGUUUCAUCCCAUUGAGAUAA